AUGGAAGUGCUAGAGAAUGCAACCAUUGGGAUUGAGGUUGAACAUUAUCUCUCGAGACUUCUCACACCUAGGAAAGAGCCUAACCUCGAGGCAAUUGGAGGUUUCCCGAUGACCUUGAAAAUGCUGAUGGAAUCGGAUUUCAAGGCAUUUGAGGAGCUUAAGGUAACCCCAAUAUUUGUGUUCCCAGGUCUGAGAACUGUGGAUCAGUUUGAUUAUAUCAAGGAGCCUGAACUACUACAGCAUGAGAAGAAUUUUAAGAAAAUAUGGGACGAAAAAGUUGCAAGAGAACACUACAAUGAAAGUUUCAGGGAUUCCAAUACACCAUUGGCUUUGAGGCCAAUCAUGGACGACUUCAUGCAUAUUCUGGAGUCCAAGGGCGUGGACUACAUCGUCGCUCCGUAUUUUGCAUGGAUUGAGCUUCAAUAUCUGCUGGCAGAGAACUUGAUACACUGCGUAUUUGGAUCAACAGAUGGCCUUCUUAUUGAGGGUGUGGAUAAGUUCAUUUUCAGCAUGGAAUUUGAAAGCAAACAGUUCAAGUACCUUGAAAAGUCUAGUGUACUUCGGAAACUCAACCUCAGUCCCAAACAAUUCAAAGACCUUUCUAUGUGUGUUGGUAACGGUUUCCAACCUUAUAACAUCAAUAUCUUUCCCCAUAUCCCGUCGUCUCCAACGUUUCCGUCUUUACACGAGUUUAUCCUCAAUGGUGGCUCAAUUUACAAUUCCCUUCUUGCAUUACCUAACGGGGGCAGAUACAUGGAAAUAUAUCAAAAAGGAUGCGCUUCUCUUGACUACACUCCUGUGCUGAAAGUGAAUGGAAGAACUGAACUGUUACAGAUGGAUACUGACGCUUCUUUUCUGUCUUCUGUGGCGGCUAGUCCAAAGGCUCUCAAUUCUUCCAAAGCAUCUACGGAAGCAACACCAUUAGAACCUUCGAGGCGGAUCCCGGACGAUUUGCACGAGGUGAUUGGGCAAAGACUACCAGAUGAGCUAUUUUUCUACCAAUCCAUAGGUCUUACAGCCUUUGAACUUUGCGAGACUUUGAUCCAUGGAACACAAAUCGAAAGGUUGCCCUUAGACAUGUCCGUGACACCUCUCUACCAGAAACUUGUUUGUGACGAGGAGUCUUUAGAGAUACGAGGUAAAACUCUCAACUUGUUUGCCAACUCGCUCAAUAGGUACUACCAAUUUAAAAAAUUGCGCCUAGAGACCGUUUUCAACGGUCGCCAAGUGUACGAGCUUGUCCAAAGGAUGACUCCUCCCCUUUAUCUCAAAGUUAAACCAUUGCUUGUUAGACACACCACUGCUAGAUCAUUCCAGUUAGCCGCUUUUCUCUCGGGAGUGAGCGACGAGUUUUUGGAAGACAACGUGGUUGCAAAGGCAGAUGAGGAGGGUACCCGAAUUUCUACCAGCUAUGAAAUAAUUUCAACAGGCCUGAUCAGAACGCUCUACAUCUAUGGAUUCUUGUCGGAAAGAGAUUUCAAAUUGACUGAGUGGGGAAAGCUCUUACCUCAACUUUCCAAGUCAAUCAACGUGGAAACGUUAUUUCUGCUGCUCAUUUUCUUCAAGCGCUUUUCUGAAUUAAGGGCAGAUGAUAUUCUACAGCCAAACGAUUUGAAGACAGACAAUGAGCAAUACAGAAACGCCGCAAUCUUCAUUUCCAAAAUCCUCUCUCUUCAACCAAUGUCGAAGCUCAGUCCUGUCAAUUAUGUCUAUAAAGUUCAUAGACCGUUGCUUCAGUUCAGAUCGGUGAUGGAUAAGCUGAAAUCAUAUACCAAGGACCUCCUGACUUCCAACAUCAUUGCUUUGGAACUGUUGAAUCAUGAUGACUUGGACAAAUUCCAACGAGACAAUAAAUCUUGGAGAAAGCUCACGACGGAGAUUCCGUUCAGAAAAUCACUCCCCAACGUUCUUUUGGGAAUUGUGGCACAAGAGUUCUUAGAAACGUACCUUGCUGAUCUGGAUGCUGAGAAAGCAUCUGCCUCCUUGGAUGAAUCAUUACUGAAAUCUGUAAAUGAAAAACCAUCAGCAGAGUUUUUGAACGGCUUAAAGUUUGUGAAGCAAGUGAUUGCUCUCAUUCGCGUUUUACUACAAAACAAACUGAUCAAAGUGGAUGAGGCAUUUACUUCCAUGAUCGACACGAGCGAAGAACUUAUUGAAAAAAUCGAAUCCAAGUAG